AUGGGAAUGAGCCAUGAUGAUGACCAUGCCACCUGCAUUGGCUAUUCCCAUAUAAUGUCUGGUGAGUGGGUGAAAGGAAGAAAUCCCAGUGAUCUUUCCUGGUCGUCCUGCAGUCGCAAUGACCUGGAGAAUUUCCUCAGAUCAAAAACCAGCUCCUGCCUCCUUCACACAGACCUCAGGAGGCGUUACCAGGUCCAGCUGCCCCCCAAGCUGCCCGGCAUGCACUACAGUGUGGUUGAGCAGUGCCAGAUCCUGUUUGGAACCAAUGCAACCUUCUGCAGUGAAAUGGAG